AUGUUGGGUUCAACGGGUGGACAGACGGAAUUCAACCUCGAAGCAGCGCGUAUCUCUGCUCUACCGGCGGAUGCAUUCUAUAUAUCGAACUUUCUCAGCGAGGACGAGGAGAGAUGGCUUUUACAGAAAGUGACAUCGGCGCCUCUCCCACGCUGGACACAGCUUUCGCGCCGCCGACUCCAGACCUGGCCGUCGGCACUCACCAAAACCAAUACGCUGCUUGCGUCUCCGCUGCCUGGAUGGCUGGUUUCUCCGAUCAUCGAGCCGCGAUUCAAAUCACUGGGAAUCUUCGAGGACGCGCCGCACGGCGCACCAAACCAUGUGCUGGUAAACGAGUACCAACCAGGCCAGGGAUCAUGCCGCACGAGGACGGCGCCGCCUAUUACCCACUCGUGGCAACCUCAAACCAGCGCAGACGAUGGCAUGGAAGAAAGCGAGGCACUAGCCGAGACAUCUCGGACUAACCAAGCUCCCCAGUUCCGGAUCUUGCAGGAAAGACGAAGUCUGCUGAUUACGAGGGGCAAGCUUUAUACUGAUUUUCUGCAUGGUAUUGCCGAGACGACCACGGAUGCCCAUCUGGAUGCGCAAUCUAUCUGCAACUGGGAUCUCCUGCGAGAGAUAAAUCCGUAUCAGGAUGGCUGUUACCAACGCGAGACGAGGACUAGCCUCACGUACCGAGACGUGCUCAAGGUCGCCAAGAUGGGAAAUACGAUGAAGUUUCUGGGCGGGAGAUGA